AAGUUAACUUGUCGUAUUUAAUAGUCUAGUCACUUUCUGUUCAACAUGAAGAUGGAAUCUACUGAAGGUCAACCUCAGAUAGUGACGCAGGAAACACAUUAUAAUGACCAACUCGGGACAGCAACACUAACUCCUGUGUCUUCUACGGCAAAUAUCUAUGAAAAUGGGCUGAACAGCAACCUGUCCGCCUCACCUACUUCUGGCCCUGACAACGAUUCCGGAGACAAAGUGGUGUCGACCACAAAGAGAAGUGGAGCUGGUAUUAGAAGACAGGAGAAACCUCCUUACUCUUACAUUGCUCUCAUUGUUAUGGCAAUUCAGAACUCGCCAAACAAGCGACUCACAUUGAGUGAAAUCUAUAGUUUUUUACAACAGCGUUUUACCUUUUUCCGGGGCUCAUACCAAGGUUGGAAAAACUCGGUUAGACACAACCUUUCGUUAAAUGAGUGUUUUAUUAAGCUCCCCAAGGGCUUAGGCCGUCCUGGAAAAGGUCAUUACUGGACAAUUGACCCAGCUAGUGAGUAUAUGUUCGAAGAGGGAUCUUUCCGUAGACGACCUAGAGGGUUUCGAAGAAAAUGCCAAACGUUAAAACAAUAUACAGCGUCUUAUCAAAAUCCUUCUCAAGGGAUGCUUGCUGCUCACUACGAUAUGCUCGCACAACAAACUCCGCAUUAUUCGUGCAGCACGGUCAUGGGCCCAUUUUCGGGCCAAGACCCUUCGGUUAUAGUGCCAGCCACCCAGGGUAUUAUACCCGGUACGGAGAACCAGGCCAUGAUACACAACUCUUCGGCCCCUCUAGCGGCUUCCCCACCGAGUGGAUAUAAUAUUGCAGCUCAAGGCGCCAAUAUAAAUAUGGGUAUGGGAGGGAUGAGCAUGGGGAUUACCAAUGGCCACUAUCAAUCUAGCUGCUCAUUUUCAAGCACAGGAACACUUCCAGCUCUGGCAGCAACUUCACCUCCAUCAGAUUACGGUCCCAUGACAAAUAACCUACAAGGUCAGAAUUCUAAUUAUGGGCACAUCCCUGGUUUAAUGCCAAUUAAUGUGGAGCCAUACCCCUCAUGGACAACGCCAUGUUCCAUAAACAGCGUUCCAUAUAUGAAACAGCAACCUUUAAGUCCUAACGGAAGUCCAGGAGCUUCUUCAAUCCAAAAUAUGUCACCCAGUUCUCUGACAGCGCCCAGUGAGUCUUCGCAUUAUUCUGGGAGUCCAGCCCACCUAGGUUAUCCGAUGCUGUCUGGACCUCCUUGUUCUCUCGAGUCCAUUGAAUUUGGUAUAAAUGGUGGUAUCAGAUUUCCUGGUGGACCAUGUGACAGAAAGCCAAAUUACUCCACCAUGUCUAUGCCUUCCACAAUAUCGCCACCUACUGGUAACCUCCCAUCUAUGACAAACCUGAACUCUUCUGGUUCUACUGGAUCAUACUUGUGAAAGCAAAUAUAGAAUCUGAAAAAAAAUGGGAAGACUUCAAACACAUUUAUACUAAAAUGUCACAUUAACAUAUACAUGUGUGUGAAUGGAACAGUGGUCUCAGUAGUAUGGUUGAAUUUUUAUUGUUUUACAGGUGUUUGUUUUCUAAUUGCGUUAGAAA